AUGGCGCCGCCGGAUAUUGGAGUUCCUCCAGUGACCCACCUUUACUUUCUUGGCCUCAGUGCCGUGGGAUACGACUGGCUGUGGGGUCGUAUCAAUCGUGGUCCUGGCAUAAAGGCUAUCGUUGAUACUCGCCGGACGGGUGUAUUCCCAACCGGUUCACGGCUCAUGCAGAGCUAUACUGGCUGGCUGGCCUUGGAUACGCUUUUUGUGCCGGCAGUCAUAUUUUACAAUGACCUUCUCAGCAGCACAUGUCCUGCCCAUCGUCUGCUGCUGAUAGACAUCUUUUCCACCAUGCAGACCACGACGCAUUGUAUGACAGUUCUUGGAUGGGACUGUGGGGAGUCCGGCUUAUGGGCAGUAAUAGAGAACAUAUUCUGGGGCGUAUUCAAUCAGGCCUGGGGAGCAGCAACAGUCUACCCAAUUUACUGCUUUGCCCACGCCGCCAGAUGGCUCCAAGUUCCAGACAAGAACGACAGAAACAGACUACUCAUCGGCCCCAAGACAGCCCAGGAAGCCCUGCCACUGCCAGCAAUAGCUAUUAUAGGCUCCCUGACGCCAGUUAUGCUGCUCUACCCUACCUUUGCCACCUCAUGUUCCACCAAACAGCGCCAAACAUUGAUUGCGCUGUACCGACUCACCCCACCUGUCCUCGCGCUCCUCCGACCCGCGGCAUCUGCGGCCCUGGGGCUGAGGAGAAACCCUAAGCAGACCGAUGAAGACCGAAGGCGCGCUCAAAGGCUGACGGCCGCAUCUCUGGCCGCAUCCGGCACCGCGGCGACGCUAGCGCAUUGGUAUGCCAUGGCGACAGCGUUUUUGAACCCGAAGACGUCGUUGACUCGCGUCUUCUCGCCGUUUGCGCUCGGGGAUCGUGACAAGUCGGGACUGGGGGAAACCAUCCUGGCCGAGGUGGCGCACGAGUUCCUGCAGUGGGACGUCGUUGCGGUGGGAUUGGCGCUCGCGCCGCUCAGUUAUAUUGUAUGGAGGUCGCGGUCGCGGGGUGUUGUGGUUGGAAAAGAAGCGUCGUCAUCGCUCUCGCCGUGGCGGAAGGUUUUGGCGUGGGGCCCGACGAGAGUGUUGAUGUGGGGGUUCGCGUGCGUGGCAUUGUCCCCUGGCGGGUUGUUGGCUUGGACUCUUGUUGCACAAGUGAUGGAGGGGUUGAAACAGGAUGAGGAGGUACCUGGACAACAGGCAAAGCCGGAUCCAUCGAAUCGUCGAUAG